AUGUCCGGGAUGGGGGGCAUGGACAUGUCCAGUGCGGGCAUGUUCACACCCACGAAUAAAAAGGUGGCGCAUCUGUACUGGUAUUUGGUAGCGGCAGUCGUGGGCGUCCUCGUUUUUCGGAGAGUGGUAGAUUGGCUCAGAGUCGUGUGGAAUAAACGAAAAUCCCAGCAGCGGCCGGGUCAUAUUCCUGGAAGACCGCAAAAUGCAUUCGAGCAACUCUACGACACCACCAUCGCCGUCUGCAGGGAGCUGGCCUACCCGCAACUGUGGACAUGCACAGGCAGCUUUACCAAAUAUUUCACCCCGCCACCUUUAGGGAGAUGUCUCCUUCUCCUCACUUAUUGGGCAGUCAUUCUGACAAUGUUAUGGUCGAAUGUGAUCCUGACCCCGUCCUCGCCCAACUACGCCUACAAGUGGGAGAUUGUGGGCUUUCGUGCCGCCUGGGUUUCGGUAACCCAACUCCCCCUGAUUUACAUUUUAUCCGGGAAAGCCAACAUCAUCACCAUCUUGACCGGCAUCUCGUAUGAAAGAUUAAAUUGGCUGCACCGUUGGGUCAGUCGUACCAUUUUCCUGACCGUCAUCGUCCACUGGUCUUACUUCUUCACCGAAUGGUCCAUUGCCGAUUUUGUGAGCUUGGAGCUGCAAUGGAUGCCCAUUGUCAAAUAUGGAUUUGGCGCUUGGGCCGUGUUGGGCUGGAUGGUGAUCACCGGAUUUGGCUUCUUUCGGAACCUCUCGUAUGAACUCUGGUUCCUGCAGCAUCUCGCCGCCGCCAUGGUCCUGCUGUGGUUGGUUCAUUCCCACGUCCCUUCUUAUGCACAAUACAACGUGUGGUUUGCGAUUGGCGUCGUUGUCUUCGACAGGCUUGUCAGGACGGUCAUGUCUCUGGUCAUCAACUUACACCUCCUUCCCGGCAAAAAGGGCAGCGUUCCAUCCGGCCGGCGCAUUGGCUAUGAGGCUGAGGUCAAGGCCCUUUCAGGCGAGUUUCUGCAGGUCACAGUCCGGAAUGUCGCAUUGUCGUGGCGGCCUGGUCAGCAUGUGUACCUGUCCAUUCCGCGCGCAGGAAUUGUCGAAGCACAUCCCUUCACCAUCGCCAGCGUGCCGAAAUCAGUAUCUGGAGAAAACGGGCCAAACAAUAUUGAACUAUAUGUGCGAGUGCACAAUGGAUUCACCAAAAGGCUAUACCGACAAUGUCAAAAUCAGCUGACAUCACGGACUUUCCUAUCAUUCAUCAGCGGACCGUGGGGAAAUCCUCCUUCUAUUGAAAGAUUUGAAUCAAUGGUCUUCGCGGCUACCGGCAACGGCGCGUCUUUCACACUGCCCGUCUUUCAGCAAGCCGUUCUAACGAAUAAUAAUUUACGACAAAUCUCCUUCAUCUGGAUUUUCCGGCAAGCAGAGCAGCUCGACUGGUUCAAGGAAGAGUUGCUCUCAGCCUGGAUGGCAGCCCGACGGCGAAACAUCAGAAUAAACAUAUACGCCUUCAUUACUGGAAGCGGACAGUCUCGAAACGCGUCGCCAUCCGAGAGCAACGCACUGCUCGAGCAAACAUUAGAAUUAGACCCUUCAAACAGUGAGAAAGUGGCCGACGGCGCACCAACGUUGGACAAAAUACCAAAUCCCAUCAAGCUUCCCACGGAGAAGAGAGAAAUAGGCAGCGUGAGCGAGAAAUCGGUCUGCUCGUCCUCUUCACUGAGUGAGAAGCCGACAAUAUACAUCGGCUACGGUCGUGCGGACUUUGAUUCUCUCAUCCAUCCCGUGGUGGAAGCGGCAUGGGGGGAGACAGGAAUCCUUGCGUGCGGCGGCAGCCAAUUUUCCGGCCAACUAAGGAAUUAUGUUGCAAAGCUGUCAGACGAGAGAGCUGUCCACAAAGGAACGGGCGCUCAAGGUAUAUAUCUGUUCUGUGAGACUUAUGGAUGGUAA